CGACUUAGUUGGUUAGAUAUGAAAUGCAUUCCAUCUUCGGCUUCCAUGUGGGUAUUCUCCGAGUCGGUGGGUAUUUCGCUGGCCCACUCCAACAAGAAGUACAUAUUUUCCUGCCAGUCUUUGGAUGAUAGACUUGUUCUUUUUAUUCGAUUUCCGUGAUCGAGCUAUCUCCAGAAUCAAAUCGUUAGACUUUUCUCCCUGCGGGAGGUUGUGAAUAUCUACAAUGUCUGCUCUGAUGUUUUAUCAUGGCCGGAAGCUAGGACAGACAUGUCCUCGAGCUAUUCUGCACAUCUCUCCAACGGUUGCCCAUGGGCCUAUCGGGAGCCCGACGAUUCUAAGAUUCGUGGGUCAUUAUAACGGCAUUAGAUACAGUAGCCAUAUUGCUUCUCUCAAAACUAUGACACCCCAAGAAGCGCAAGCUAGGCUCGCUGUACAACGCACUAAGCGUCCGGUCUCUCCCCAUCUCACCAUCUACAAGUGGCGGUACACCUCGUUGGCAUCCAUACUGAAUCGAAUCACCGGUGGUAUUCUCACAGGAGGACUGUAUGGGUUCGCAAUUGUGUACCUUCUUUCGCCAGUGCUGGGUCUCCAUCUGGAUUCGACAACUAUAGCUGAGGCAUUCGGGUCACUUCCACCGGGAACAAAGGUCGCCGUGAAGUUUGGCGCUGUGUUGCCCUUUGCAUACCACUGUUUCAAUGGGACAAAGCAUUUGAUAUGGGACCGCGGAUACCUCCUAAGAAAUAAGCAGGCUCAAUAUGCUGCUUGGGCUGUGGCUGUUGCCACGCUGAGUACUUCACUGGGGCUGGCUUUGUGGAAGUUUGAGUGAUCAAUAUCGGUAUUUUCUAAACACAGAAGGGCUACCAGAUAAGU